CCGCCGGCUCUUGGCCUGUGGGUGGUGGCCCUGGUAACGCCGGUAGGAGAGGAGAGUCGGACGCUUCCUGGGUAGCCCGCCAGCUUCCGCGAAAGGGAACCUCCCUCCGUGGUGAAGAGGGGACCCUACAGGGGUAAGUGAAGUGAUGGAGCACAUUUGAUUUGGAGACAGAAGCCAGAAAGUCUGGUCUGUGCCUCACCACGUGCCAGCUCUGUGAUUCCAGCUUCAGCACAGUCCUCAGCAGAUAGAGACAUGAGAAAAAUACCAAAUAAUGGGAACCUGAAGAUGACAAAAGUGGCUUACCCUCUGGGGCUGUUCAUUUGCCUGUUCAUCUAUGUCGCCUAUAUCAAGUGGCACUGGGCCUCCGCCACCCAGGCCUUCUUCAGCAUCACUGAGGUAGCGUCUGGGGCCCGGAGGGGCCAGCAGGCUCAUAGUCCUCUGGGGACAGCUACACAUGGUCAUGAGGUUUUCUAUGGCAUCAUGUUUGACGCAGGAAGCACUGGCACCCGUGUGCACAUCUUCCAAUUCGCCCGGCAGCCUGGAGAAACUCCCACUUUGACCCAUGAGACCUUCAAAGCACUGAAGCCAGGUCUUUCUGCUUAUGCUGAUGAUGUUGAAAAGAGUACUUCGGGAAUUCAGGAAUUACUGGAUGUUGCUAAAAAAGACAUUCCUUUUGACUUCUGGAAGGCUACCCCCUUGGUUCUCAAGGCCACAGCUGGUUUACGUCUAUUACCAGGAGAAAAGGCUCAGAAGUUACUGCAAAAGGUGAAAGAAGUGUUUAAGGCAUCGCCUUUCCUUGUGGGAGAUGACUGUGUUUCCAUCAUGAAUGGAACGGAUGAAGGCGUUUCAGCGUGGAUCACCGUCAACUUCCUAACAGGCAGUUUGAAAACCCCAGGAAGGAGCAGUGUGGGCAUGCUGGAUUUGGGUGGAGGGUCCACUCAGAUCACCUUCCUUCCAAGAGUCGAGGACACCCUCCAGACCUCCCCGCCUGGCUACCUGACGUCACUCCAGAUGUUUAAUCGGACCUACAAGCUCUAUUCCUACAGCUACCUGGGCCUCGGAUUGAUGUCGGCACGGCUAGCAAUUCUGGGUGGCAUGGAGGGGAAACCUGCUGAGGAUGGAAAGGAGUUGGUCAGCCCUUGUUUGUCUCCAGGUUUCACAGGAGAGUGGCAACAUGCUGAAAUAACAUACAGAAUUUCAGGACAGAAGGCAGCAGUGAACCUCCAUGAGCUGUGUGCCAGCAGAGUGUCGGAAAUCCUUCGAAACAAAGUGCAUAGAACAGAAGAAGUGAAGGAUGUGGAUUUUUAUGCUUUUUCCUACUAUUAUGACCUUGCAGCAAAUGUUGGCCUCAUAGAUGUGGAGAAGGGAGGCAGCCUCGUCGUGGGAGACUUUGAUAUCGCAGCCAAGUAUGUGUGCAGGACAGCGGAGACCCAUCCUCCAGGCAACCCCUUUCUGUGCAUGGACCUCACCUACAUCAGCCUGCUGCUCCAAGAGUUUGGCUUCCCAGAGAACAAAGUGCUGAAGCUGACUCGGAAAAUCAACAAUGUUGAGACCAGCUGGGCUCUGGGGGCCAUUUUUCAUUACAUCGACUCCCUGAGAAGACAGAAGAAUCCAGCCUCAUAGUGGCCAAGCUGCCCCAGCCAUCCUUACAGAGCGGCUCCAUCUCCAUGAGAACAGACCUGUGUGGAACGCCUUGAUGUGUUGGGAGGAAGCCACUGCUCGGGCUGCCACCCCUUUCCCUUUGGCCUUGCAGACCUGCCCCUGGACAGGCAGAGGGCUAGAACGUGACCAGGCCUAGUGUCUCCUCCUGCCUCAGCCCCAGGUGGGCAGUAAACCAGACAGGGCAAAGGGCACAUGUCAAGUUUAGUAUGACACAGGCACACCAUCCCCCAUCCCUCCCCUGUAUGCAGGGUUGGGGUGACUGUAACGUGUUUCUGUGACAGGAGUCUUGUUUUGUCUCCCUGCCCCUGUCUGGUCCCUCCUCUCAUCCCCAGGGUGGACCUCCACCUUCUCCCCAGAGACUUGGUAGGGAGGUUUUACAGGCUGUUCUGGCUGCUUUCAGGGUGGGCCAAGUGGCAACCACCAUGUCCUCUGGGACAGUGAAUUGGGCGGACCUGAAUGCAUUGGCCUCCUCUUUGGUUAUGGACAUGCGAGGUCAUCCAGAGAUCUGUUUUCUCAGGUUCUUGGAUGGCUUGGGGCAAGCUGAUGAAGUUGGCCUUGUGAGUAGAAGAGGGCUGGGGGAAAUACCUCUGUGUGUCCCAGCUCUUCAGAGGAGGUCUGAAUGUGAGCAUGACCUGCUUACAAUAUUUAUGGCUGUGCUGUGUGAGUGACAUCUCUGUUGUGUGGUGCUGGGUGUUUGUGUAGCAGCUGUGUUCUGAGCCCCAGUGAAUGUAUUGCUACCAUGAGCCAUUUGCAGCUGAGCAGUGUUGAAGACACACACCAUCCCCCUGUGGGUCAGGUGGACUGCAGUCCCCAGAACUGCCUUCUUGAGGCUCUGCUGGGGUACAGGGCUAUGCCCAUUGUCUGGGGCCUCUGUAGGACACUGGCUCUGGGCCCUCUUGCAUCGGGAUGUGAAGUCUGUGAGACAUAGGCCCUGGGGCCACAGUCGUUCUGCAGUGAAUGUAUGGUAUAUGGAAUAAGCUGAACCUCAUGUGUUCCACUCAAAAUAAAGGGUUUACAAGGGUUUCUUCUCCAGUCACUCUUCUAGGUGAGCAUCAGCAAUGUUCAUCCCCUGGUGGAAAAGCCCCUGAGAUCCCUGUUUACUAUAGUUGAAACAAAGAACUGUCCAUGCCGGGUGACAGGUGGCACAUUAACUCUUGUCAGUGUGCCUCAUAAGGAGAAAACAGCAGAAGGGCAUAGGGAGGCCAUCCUCAGGCCAUCAUGCAUGCCCGUGGUUAUAGGCGAGCCCCUUGCCUUCCCAGCAGAGCUCCCCUCUUCCCUGGGACUGUGACCCGCAGCCACGUGCAGUGUGGAGUUCUCAAGCAGAUGCUGUGCCCCAGCUUGCAGUGUGUUCUCUGAGGAUCUGGCUUUAAUCUGGGACAGCUGGAAAGGGGUCGCAUGCCAGACAAAGACUGGGUGUGAGCAUAGGGUCUGGCCCCUCAACUACUUAGGGCCACUGCAGGACCAGGACCGAUGUGACUGCUGAAUGAGCCCAUGAGUGGAGGCCUGUGUUGGGGAAAGGGCUCUGCAGAGAGCUACAGGAGGUUAGUUUUACUCCUUACCUCCAAGAGCCCUUCGUCCCCAGGGGUGGAGGCAGGGAGGGAUUGAAGUGUAAAACCUUUGAUGUUGAAGUGCUGUGCCCACGGAGAUGGGGGAGCAGUUACCCCCUUUUCUGAGCGUCCUGAUUCUGUGGUCUGAUCGUCACUGGCCCAACUUCAGAAGGCUGGUGGAAGACCCCAGUACAAAAUCCACUGACAAGAUAAGGUUAAUCACCCUCUGCCCAGUGGUUUCCCCAGAAUUUAAACCCUGGGGCAGAGGUCUGGAGGUGUGCAUAUGACAUAAGCAGAAAAAGACAAAGAAGGGAAGGUGUUUUACCUAAAUAAAAAGCCACAGUUGGACUACA